UUUGACGUUUAAAUGUUUGUCAACAUACUGUCCGAUCCUUCACAACGCGCUGUUUAAUUUUACCAAUAACUUUCGCAAACAUUUGCAGGUGAAGUAAAGUUUUCUAUUUGAUGAUAAUAUCGUUCGUGCAUUAUAAUAAGGCAAAAUGAGUGACCAAAUUGAAGAGUUGGAAGGAUCGGAGCUUGGAACAAAGGACUUCUGGGAGACAAGCUACACCCGGGAAAUAGAAAACUAUCGCGACCACGGCGAUGUGGGUGAGGUUUGGUUUGACGAAGAUAGCCAAAACCGCAUCAUUACCUGGAUUGUUAGACAAGAAGAUGAGAUCAAAGCAAGCGAUCCAAUUAUUGAUUUGGGUUGUGGCAAUGGUAUGAUGUUGAUUGAACUAGCGCGGGAAGGGUACACAGAUUUGACCGGCAUCGAUUACUCCCCCAAAGCAAUAGAACUGUCUAAAGCAAUUUGUCACGAUCAGAACCUUAACAUCAGUUACAAGGUGGUGGAUUUGAUGUCGGAACCGGAGGUGAUGGCAUUGGGAAAGUUCAAAGUGGUACACGAUAAAGGCACGUAUGAUGCCAUCAGUUUGCAUCCAGAGGAUGCGAAAACGAUGCGAACAAGCUACAUCAACAAUGUGCAUCGGAUGUUACAGGAUGAUGGACUGUUCAUACUUACCUCGUGCAACUGGACCGAAUGUGAGCUGGUUAAAAGUUUCACAGGUGUUUUCCAAUUACGAACGGUGAUACCUACACCGACGUUUAAGUUUGGUGGCAAGGUUGGAAGCGUUGUAACGUCCAUUGUGUUUGUUAAGAGUCACAACUGAUUGUAAACCGGGUAGAUUUACAUGAGAACAAUAAAAACUUUUGCAAAAG